AUGACCCACGACGACCUGGAGCGCGAGUUCGGCAAGUACGGACAGCACAAGGAAGUGCGGAUGGCGCCAAAAUCCCCGGGCUUCGCGUUCGUCGAGUUCGAAAACAUGUCGUACGUAGACGAAGCGAUGCGCGAGAUGAACGGUGCUAUCGUCAAUGGCGUGCUGCUUCGGGUCGAGCGAGCUCGACAAAAGUCGAGUGCCCCAGGAUACGGCUACGACUACGCGUCGACGACAGUGAUGGCCAACCCAUACGCCGCGCCACCAGCCUACACACCAGCUCUGCCGGCGGCUGCGUUCUGGAAGUCGCUCUAUGGGACCACAUACGCGGCACCAGCAUCGGGAUUUGCGGAACGAGCACCGGGAUACACGGCACCUCCACGAGGAAGGUCUCGAUAA